AGGGCAGGUCUGAGCUGCAACAGCAAGCUGGCAGAGUGCUGCUGCUGCGGGAUCCUCCGGGGAGCGGGCAGAAGGAGACGGCGGUGUUCCUGUAAGCAUGCCGUGAGAUAACACACCUUUCUGGCUCUCAGGUAUUCCGUCUCGCUUGGUCUGAAGGGAGGGUCCAUUUGGAAGAGGACUAACAAACCUAGGAAGGAGGUGACAUGCCGUUCACUUAUUGGCGCAGUCAGUGCGCUGAUCGCUGUCAGACGUGGCCGAGGUAAAGACCGGAAUGGUGCGUUUGAAUUUCUAUUUUUAACGCCUUGUUCGACUUUCCAUCCGUUCUGGUCAAGUUUCCCGUUGGAGUAACGACAUUACAUGCCUGAUCGCAGAGCCGGAGCGACGGGAAAAUGCAGCACGGCGGGUGUUUGGCUGCAGGUGGAUGGCCAACCUGACGGUCCAGGUCGCCGCUUCCCUCCCGUUCAGGUCUGGCUUCAUCCGAAGCUGUAAAAACAAACUGAAAACAGAGUGAACCAGAUCAGCCAGUAAACCCGCGCCAUGCUUCCGGGGGUCGGCGUGUUCGGCACCAGCCUGACGGCCAGGGUGAUCAUUCCGCUGCUGAAGAAUGAGGGCUUCGCCGUCAAAGCGCUGUGGGGCCGGACGCAGGAGGAGGCGGAAGAGCUGGCCAAGGAGAUGAACGUACCUUUUUACACCAACCGGAUCGACGACGUGCUGCUGCAUCAGGACGUGGAUCUGGUCUGCAUCAACCUGCCGCCGCCUUUGACGCGGCAGAUCGCAGUCAAAACACUGGGUAUUGGAAAGAAUGUCAUCUGCGACCGGACAGCAACGCCUCUGGAUGCCUUCCGAAUGAUGUCAGCUGCCCAGUAUUACCCCAAGUUGCUGAGCAUUAUGGGAAAUGUACUACGUUUCUUGCCAGCCUUCGUUCGAAUGAAGGAGUUGUUAGAGGAAGGGUACAUCGGGGAGCUUCUGGUCUGUGAGGCCCAGGUCCACGGUGGAAGUCUCCUGGGAAAGAAAUACAACUGGAGCUGCGAUGACCUGAUGGGAGGUGGUGGUCUGCAUUCGGUUGGCACCUAUAUCAUCGACCUGCUUACGUUUCUGACUGGUCAGCGUGCAGAAAAAGUCCACGGCUUCCUCAAGACCUUCGUCAAACAAACGGAUCACAUCCGGGGCAUCCGUCAGAUCACCAGCGAUGACUUCUGCACGUUUCAGAUGGUACUGGAGGGAGGCGCCUGCUGCACCGUCACGCUCAACUUCAACGUGCCUGGUGAGUUUCGGCAGGAGGUGAUCGUUGUGGGGACGGUUGGGAGGUUAACAGUCAUGGGGACGGACCUGUAUGGACAGAAGAACAGCGGGGACGGAGGAAGCAAUAGAGGUCCUGAACUUCUGCUCAAAGACACCACACCUCUUGAGAAGGCUUCCUUACCGGAGAAGGCCUUCAGUGACAUUCCAGCCCCCUAUCUCACCGGAACGAUCCGCAUGAUCCAGGCUGUGCGGCAGGCCUUUCAUGACCAAGACGACAGGCGGACGUGGGACGGGAGGCCUCUGACAAUGGCUGCUACCUUUGAGGAUUGUCUUUAUGCUCUUUGCGUGGUGGAUACCAUCAAGAAAUCCAACCAGUGUGGAGAGUGGCAGAACAUUGUGGUGAUGACAGAGGAACCAGAGAUCAGCCCAGCCUAUUUGAUCAGCGAGGCCAUGCGGCGGAGUAGGAUGUCACUCUACUGUUAAUAUCCAUCUGAUGAGCUGACCUCAUCAAAAUGGCUGAACUCCUGUGUUACCUUAAAACUGGAGGUGACCUCAGGAAGGCCUUGGUGUUGCUGGAACAAUAUUCAUACCGCUACCGGGUUCAGUUCUUAUAUUAAUCAGCAGUUCAUUUUAAUGCUGUCAAAUAUGUGUUGUUACUGUUACAGACAGAGAGGUCAAACCACUAUGAUACAGAAAGUUAAGGUUUCCUGAUACCCUGCCUCAGCAGUAGAGAAAAAGCAAUGUAAUCCAUAAUUAAACUUUUAUUUAUUAGGAAGCCUUUCCUGUUUUAUCCCUUUUGACAGAAGACUUGAGUCCUUCCAGGAAGAUGCACUUGUAAAUAAAACUGAUUAAUACAACGAAAUAUGAGCUAUAUUGCUACUGUGGAGGCAGAUCAGGGAGUGAAACUAAUUCUACUGUGUUCUGCUUGUCCAUAAUGGUAUUGCGCCUCUCCUAUCUGCUUCUCCUCUAUGUGACUUGGUCUAGAAGACGACAUCUUACACUGUGGGUCCAAACGAGGACAGCCAAGGAAGAACGAUAGUCCUUUCAGUUAAAACUGUGCCGCUGUAUUGUUGCUACUAAAUUUAAGUAAUUGUUAGUUUUAACAAGUGAAUGUUUAAAAGAAUCCGUGUGCUUGAUAGCUUCAGCCUCUGUCUGCCCUGUAUGCUUCCUCUGUAUGUGUGAAACAACAGCGGUGAAAAAAUCAAUAGUUUGGCUGGUGGGUUUUUCAGAAGGGUUUACCUUCUGGUUUAUGUAUGCAAUGCAUCCAAGCUGUAGUCUGGAGAUGCUUCUUCCAGCCAGGAGUAAAGGGUUAAAAUACACUGUGGUAUGCCUUUUAUGCAGUUACAGUAGCCUGUAUAGUUUGCAAGCCCUGUAUGAGGGGCCAGUGCAGUAAGACAUUUUGUUAAUAAUUUCAUGCUCUUUUAUUUUAUGAAGCAUGGCCAUGAAAUACACUGAAUUCUGUGUGUGUAUCUGUACUGAGCCUUAAGUGUAGAUAUUAAUGCAGCCUUGCACUAAGAUGCGAGUAAAUGCAAAGCUUUAUAAAGCUUCUUUGACAUGCACAGUGAAAUUGCGGGUUUGUCAGCAUGAAUAACAUGCAAGUUCAGUUUGGACACACCUUCAGUAAGGCUGGAAACCUGCAGCCAGUUAACUGUGAACCACCAUGUGGUAGAUGGUGGAAUAGAAAAGCAUUUCUUUUAGGUACAGUUAGAGGUAUUAAACGUUAAGGCUGUUUUCUUAAUGUCAGCAAAAAUCCAUGAAAAGACUACAAUCAACAACACGUUAAUCUGUAUGUCAAUACUCUGAUUCUCAUUGAAGAUGUAAAAUUCUAAAGCUGCACCAUCAGUAUAUUUUUUAUGUUUUUAAUGAGUCAAAUUACUAUGUUUAAUGUGAAAGGUGUUGCUCUUAGUGAUGAAUCCAAAGAGAAUUAUCACCUGACUUCUCCUCAACGCAGUGUUUUAGCAUGUCAGCUCAUCGUUUUGGUUUUUAUGGCUCACAACUUUUGCUGUUUUAAUUCACUCUCACCACUCUUAGCGUCGUUUCCAGCCAUGGCAUGCAUCUGUUUCAAGUGAAAAAGGUCAGAUAAAUAAAUAUAAAUUUACUACUCUAGGUUGUAGGUAAAGUCUAGGUAGGUAAAGUCUAACUCUCAAAGUCAGAUAGACAAAAUUAUCCAAUAGCCGGUGGACAUAAUGAAGCAUUUAGCAACUAAAGACCCAAACAUUUCCCCUCAGCAAAACAGAGGUAGAAGAGAAUAAAUGUUAGAUUUACAUUCAUCAGGUGGCCAGAAAGAAGUAUCCAAAUAAAUACUAUUGUUUCUCCGUGUCUGCUGGAUGUGUAAAUUGGCAAUUUUGUGCUAACAUGUUAGCUUUAUAAACUAAUCACAAAUAUAUAGCUUUGAUUAAUAAAAAAUAAACUGUAAUUUUUAGCUUAGGGACUAUUUUCAGCUGUUGACUAAUACACAUUCUCUGCUCUAGGACGAAACAUAUAAAGAGCCAAUGAAGAAGAGCAAGAGUUAGAACAAAAGGACGUCACAUUUUUUAAAUCAAAUUGUGACACUGAUGUAUUGAGGGGAAGCUGAUCUGUGAUGCAUACAAAAUCACACCUAUCUCAGUGUUUGGAUAUCGUUUUUGCUUUUUAUUGUGUUUUACUACCUGUCAGUCACAUAAGAAAGCUAAAAGAAACCUUUAGAAAGUAUUUGCAAACACUGUUUGAUUUAAGGUUAAGUAUAACUCAUUACAGGUAUAAGAACAACGCUACCCUCAAGCCAAAAGAUUGAUUUUUUUGAUGCAUCUCUGUUCCCCUGUGUUCUUAAGCUAAGCUGAAAUACUCUCUAUGUAUUGACUACUGAAAAUGUACGUAUGAAAAUAUCAUAAAAUUACAAUAUGAGUUUGUCUAAUGAAAUAAGUACUGUAUGUAUGUAUUUGUAAAAACCAAGUAACUAGAACAUGUCUUGAUGAGUGUUAAUGUAUUUAUUCUUUGUUUUUGCUGUUGACAUUUUGUGGACUGACCGGCAGUGUGUUUGGGAGAUUAACAGCAGACUGAGGCCUUGGAGCUUUCAACUUCUUAUAGUUUACUGACCAAAAUACGCUUAUUUUAAGACUGUUAUGAAAAGCUUUAUGUUUGCUCUUAAGAUGCAUUAUACAUCAUGACAGUCACAACAAAACUACACUGUCACCUAGUGCAAACUCUGAUAUGAAAAUCAACAUUUGGAAAUGUUCCCAGCUCAUAGUACCUAAAAGGGAUGUCUGAGCCCGUUUUAGUGUUAUGAUUUAACACGUCUCACCAUGGUUUGCUGCGGUCAGGACACAUUACAACUCAUGCUGUGGGGCGAUCAGCUACACAGAACUUUGUAACAUUUAGAGAAGUUAUAAAUUUUUGUCUGACUGAAAACGCUGAUAAGCUAUCACUCUAUAAGAUAACUCAAGUUAUAUUAUUGCCCCUUGUGUACCGUGCGCCUUAUCAAAUCUGCAUAUAGACUUUCCCCCUUUGUCUGAUAACAGUUUUCAAAAUAUAAUAGCCUUAUUUAAACUCAGAUAAGAUGUGCAUUGGCAUUCCCUUUUUUUGUUUAGUUCAUUCUUUUCCUCUGUUCAUUUAUGAUAAUCUGAAGAUUUAUCAGUGAAGACACCUGAGUUCAUGGCUCAAUUCAUGAUUCAUGGCUCUGUGCUGGAAUAGCCUCGGAUAUAAGGUGAAGGAACAGAUUUUAAACCUGCAUCUAAUAUUAGGCAAACAGACAUGCAGCUGAUGGCUUCUGUUAACUUUCAGUGCAGUCUGACUUGGUGGGUUUACUUUGCAAAACAUGUAAACAAAGUAACUGCAUUUGUAAGUGUAUUGAUUUAUCUGUUGAAUUGAAAGUGUAUGGAUACAGUGAUGAUAGCAAGUAAAGAUGACUAGAAAUGCUUGACAAGGAGAUAAAGUCUGUGCCUCAAAUCACUCUUCAACCUUUAGAGUAGUUUAGUCCACUGGUAUAAUACCUUCCACAAAAGAAUACUAAUUUUGAUUUACAGGGUACACAAAACAAGUUGAAGGUCAACCUCUUGUUUCUGGUAGCUUAAUCAUAGGAUCCAUAUUAUGUCAUAGUAACACUUUAUUUGCAGGUAACACUUACUCAAUAAUUUCUGGAAGGUUUCCUGUAAAGCACUAUGCAAGUUGGUACUAAUUACAGUUAAAAUACAGACAAAGUUCUGUUUAAUGUAGUAAGUCCAAUUAACUGGGUUAAGUUUGUUGUUAAUUCCCAGAGAAAUGUCUUUAAAAUAACUGCUCCAUUUCCAGCAAUUCUGAAUUGCAUGUUUGUUGACAAAUUGUACAGGUUUGCAGGGUCAGUCUCAAGGUUACACUAUUUUAGGAUUUUGAAUUAAUUGGAAGUGUACGAACUGAUCACUUUGCCUAUAGUUAGUAGCAAAUUACACGGUUCUUUUCAAGAAACCUCCAUGGAAUUAAGUGAAGUGUCACCUUUUUAUUAUAUUAGGUAAUUUAAGCUAAAUAGAGAUGCAGCCAUGACACAAGUACCAGUGCUGCUAUCAGGCUCCACAAGCAAUUAUUUGGAAAAGUGUGUGUUUGAUGGUCUCCAGUAAUAAGAUUCUUCUUGCUCACUAAGCUGCAGAAAUUCAUCCACCUCCAAAGAAACGACCCAAUGGUUAACGCAAACGUUUAGGGAAACUCAUCUUAGCUUUAAUUACAUUCAUUUCAAAUAUUUUCUUUGCUCCUGUUUCUUCCCUCUUGUCUCCUAAUCCGUCAUCUGUUGGCUGCACAGGUUGUAACGUCUAUGUGUGAGGAUCCUCUGACAAUAGGCACAGUAUGUUUAGAUCAGCUUGGUCUGAUGUUAAGCUAUAUUUAGUGUCUCAGUGAUGAAAAGAUGUUGUGUGACUCCUAACAUUAGCUUAACCAGACCCUCCUGAGUUCUUUCAAGUGUCUGAAACAAGGAUUAACUCUCGGUUGUGUAGCCCACCGGAGCUUAGUCCAUGUCCACACAGACCCAUCCUCCUCCAUGGAGAUGCAAUUAAACAGCUCAGCAGACACCUCCUCAGCCAGCUGCCUAUGCUGUGUGGUAAAUGUAUCAUUAGCAUCUGCUUCAAAUUAAGAAUAUUACAAGACCAGAAGGCUUUUCAUUUAGGUCAGUGCAGAUACAUGGCAAAACAUUUUUUUGGUGACAUUAUGAUGCUGACAGUGAGUUAUUCUCUCAUUACAACCAUAAUACUUUAACCCUUUGCUGCUUGUUAGUGAAGCACCUGCAAAGGCUUUUUAGUGACAUCAACCCCAGCUAUGAAUAGGUUCACACAUGUCUCUGCAUGAAUAGGAAUAGGCAGCGGUCUGAUAAAGAUAAGGCAAUAUCUGGGUUCUGGAGCACUGAAUAUUUAAUUAGUGCAAUUUGAAUGAGUUGAUACAGUACAGUAUGAGGAUUUCAUAUAUUUUAAAGACUAGUCAGCAGCAUCAAAUGUUUACUUGACUGAUUUUUUGUUUUCUUUUAAUUGUUGAAUAACUGAAUAUUUCAGAAGAUUUUUAAUGUUAAUUGAAAAAUUGUUCAGACAUCAAAUUGGUGUUUAUACUGUAUCACCAUUGCAACAGUGUGGGCAAUGAAACAUACUGUGCUUUAUGGACUCACUGGUCUAGAUUUUUUGUUGCCUACAGUUUUUUUUUAUCAUUUUGCUUUCUGCUUGUGGCCUGUUAAGGAUGAAGCGGCUCUGUGCUUCAGAAAAAAGACAUUGCAGAAAAAUAACACAGAGGUGCUCCAGUUCCAACUUUGCACUUUGACUGAUGUGUUUGCUGACAGUCGUGACUAUGAAUUGCUUGUUCUUACUUUGUCAGCAUUCACAAACUGUUCGGGAAAGGCUUUCUCGUACUGAGGGAGAGUAGGGUGGAGGUUGGAUGGGGUGAAAAUUGUUCAUUUUGGAGACCAACAACCUCAAAGAGGCACUUCUUCUGCCGUUACCUAGCAACCAGAAGCCACAUUGCCAAACUAGGUCGUCUUAUUUUUUUUCUCUUUCUCUCUCUUUCAUUUUCACUCACACAGUAACACAGUACCCUUACUCCUCAGUGUGUAUUCACACCACUUUCUUUCACAUGGUCUUCCUCCAUCUCUCCCCCUCUUUCUCUGACUGACUGGUCAAAGGGUGAGCUCUUAGAAGGAGUAUCAUAAUCAGUGUUGAGAUAACAGGUUUUCAUCUGCUAGUGACUGAUCCGUCAUUUCAUUUCAGAUUUUUCACAGGAUAACUCUCAAAAUGAGUUUCUCUCUCUCUCUCUCUGUCUCUCUCUCUCUCUCUCUCUCUCUCUCUCUCUCUCUCUCUCUCUCUCUCUUUCAUUGUGAGUCAGGUUGAAGCCUGGAGCACAAGCACACUGGUGCUUCUUCAGACCUUCCUCCCCAAAACUUGUCUUCUCAUCUUUUCUCUUCAAUAUGCUUUCGGAGCCAAGACAGGAGUAACCAAGGCAACCCUUUUAAUAAAAAUGAAUAACCGACAGGAUACAUCUUCUGAAUGCCUUUCCUCAGCUGGUUUGUGAAUGCGGACUUCUGCCAUGCCUUGCUGUACCAUUAAUUUGUUCAAAGAAAAUCAAAUACCCUUCUUGAUGCUGUAUUGUGACUAUAUCCAAUAUUUAUUGUGUAUGUAUAUCGUGGACGCAUGGGCCCCUGUGCACACCAUAUGUUGAGCUUGUAAACACAUAUUUAUGGGUCUUAAUCUAGAGAAUGUACUUAUUGUAGAAAUAAUUUAUAUUUUCUAUCUGUUAAGGACGAAACGCCAUUGUAGGAGGUCAGUCACAGAAAUAAAAGCCCCCCUGAGUUCUUUGCGUGCUGUAAAGUGUGAUGGUGCAUUUCUGUUAAAUAACCUCCAUCCCUGCCCCUUUUUCUUUUUUGAUUGUGACUCCAGUCUUGCUGUUUCAUCUCUCUGCACCAGUGCUCAGCAUUCAUUGAAUGUGUGUGGAUGAGGGUGUAUGUGUGUGUGUGUGUGUGUGUGUGUGUGUAUGGUACAUGGUUUACGGCUUCAGCACUUGUGUAAUGCUGCAGUUUCUAUGAAAUAAAAAAAGUACAUCCAUAA